AUGUUGGCUGUUCCAGAUAUAAGAACGUAUCCGAUAAUGCCGUCAAAACAGAAAAAAUCAAAGUCUAUCGAGGAUGAUAUCAAAUUAUCUCAAGAUGGUACACGUCGAAGAAUAUUUAAUGUAAAUCGAUGGCGAUUGUUAUGUCGAUAUGAGAAUUGUCUAACACCAGCGAAACAAUUUUGUCGACGUCAUAAGGACAAGCAAUCAGAGAAAAACAUUAAUAAUGGAGAAAAUAUUGUAGUGGCAACAGAAAAUGGUAGUAAUAAUGAUAAUAUACCUGGACAAUGGAAAAGAGGUGAUUUGACAAUUUUAUCCAAUUCUCGCCGCCAUAUUUUUGAUGGGAAACAGUUUCGACAAUUAUGCAAAAUGGACAAUUGUAUGAUACAAGCUCGAGAAUAUUGUCGAAGACAUGUACAUUUCGCACGAAAAAUCAGUGAUAUAUCACCUGACGAAGAUAAAUCUGAUAAAAUGACAGUAAAUAAUGAGAUAAUUAAGACUAAUUAUGUAGAAGAACAAGAACAACAGUUAAUACCACAGAGAGGUGAUGUUAAAACAAUCAAAAGUGGGCGUCGUGUACGAUUUUCUGAUAGUAGUGAAACUAUAUCAUCAACUCAAAUGAUUCAACAAGAAAUACAACUUCAAAUUGACUCAGAUAUUUUGAAAGAAAAAUAUAUUGAACAAUCGGUUCAAACCGAUUUAUUUUGUCCAUUUUUGGAGACUAAAAUAGAAGAAACUGAUAAUAUGACAUUUACUUUAUCAACAACAACAUCAAGGACAACCCAAGAACAAUCACAACAACAUUUUUGUAAUGAAAUGAAUCAAGUAAUUAUCAAACAGGAUAUGGAGAAUGAAUCAUUAAUCGUUCCUGGUAAUCUACCAUCUGUUCCACAGACAUUGCAAGAUGUUCUUCGUCAAUUUGAAACAGAAAAGAAUAAUUUUAAUUUUGAAUGUGAACGAAUUAGUGAUAGUCUUAGGAAUUUGUACGAUUAUAUUGAAAAUUAG